UGUCCGCCGUACCCCCCUCAUUCUGAGAACCGGUUUUUUGGAUUACCCUUUUCAGUUGAUUUCGCGCAUCAAUGACCCGAAUCUUAGUCGUGCUAUGCGAUAGGUACAAAUAACAUGCAACGUCAUACUUUUACCUUAACGGCUCAUCGUCAGAAGCAGUGCUCGUCAUCAACUCCAGCCCACCAUGACAGACGCUCCCAAGCCUGCGGUCGAGGAUAGCAUUAUCUGUACACGAUGGAAUCGUGAUUUUGAGCAGAUCGCAAACGAUUUGUGCCCCAAGCUGUAUCGAUGGGAGCGCACACCCCGACGAGUCAUCAAAUAUGUCGAAGACAGAAACCAGUACUUUGGUGUUCGGGCCGAGCCUGCAGAUUAUUCAAUUGAUCAGCUACCAUCGAAGGCCUGGGGAAAGGGAGACGAACUCAUCCUCGAUUUCGGCAUUCAUAUGGUGGGAUACGUUUCGAUGAAACUCGAGUCUUGCAAUUCUCACAUGGACGCCCCAUGCAGAUUGCGCCUCACGUUCGGGGAGUCUCCUCUAGACGUCGCGCUUGGCAUGGACAACGUCAAAACGUGGAUUAGCACCAGCUGGCUGCCGGACGAGAUCAUCAACAUCGAUAUGUGUCCCGAGCUUAUCUCUCUGCCUCGUCGCUUCUCGUUUCGCUUUCUGAGGGUUGAAGUUAUUGACACAUCACCCAAAUACAAGGUCGCCUUCUCAGACGUCAAGUGUCAAUGUGUCAGCGCCAUCAGUCAAACUCAUCGUCUGGAGGCUUUGCAGUUUCACGACCCUAUCCUCCAAGCAAUUGACCACGUCAGUAUUUCGACGUUGAGAGAUUGCAUGCAGACUGUUUUUGAAGACGGCCCACGGAGAGAUCGACGCCUUUGGAGCGGCGAUCUGCGACUGCAAGCCCUCGCAAAUUACAGCACUUUCCAAGACUUCAACCUUGUCAAAAGGUGUAUUUUCCAGUUCGCUGCUGUAGUCCGCGAAGACAACUCUGUACCGGCCUGCAUCUUUGAGCAGCCCCAGCUUACGCCGUCAACGGACUAUAUUGUGGACUACGACGCACUCUUCGCCGCUAUAGUCUAUGACUAUGUGGCGGCAUCCGGAGACAGGGCUGCGGGCCACAACCUUUGGCCUAUAGUUCUGGGAUCCGUCGAGCGGGCAAUCGGUCAUUUAGACGCCGCCACGCAUGCCUUUGAUGAGACGAAAGGAGAAGGAUGGAAAUUUCUUGAUUGGCAGCCUGCCCUGGAACAUAGUGCAGGACUGCACGGCGUUCUUUUGUUUUGUUUGAAGGCAGCGAACAGCUUGGCCGAGCUCCUCGACAAGAAGGCCCCUUUCGUGGACCUUGUCACUAAAAUGACUAAAGGAGCGAGGGUGUUCCUUUCAUCAGACGGUCUUUUCAUUUCUGGGCCCAAGGCACAGGUCAGCUAUGCCUCGGCCUCGUGGCUUGUUCUGGCUCAGGCUUUCCCGGAGGAUAUCGCACGGAAGGCGCUGCUCAAAACGCUCGCCCACCCUGAUGCUGUCAAGCCCCUUACACCGUAUCUGUGGCAUCAUGUCUGCGAUGCUCUCGUGACUUCGGGCUGCUUCGAAAAAUGCGUUGAGAUCAUGACGAGCUAUUGGGGAGGGAUGGUACGAGCUGGUUGCGAUACCUUCUGGGAGUGUUUCAAUCCCGACGAUCCUCACGCAAGUCCUUACGGCGAUGUGAGAAACAAUAGCUUCUGCCACGCCUGGAGCUGCACUCCUACGUACUUGUUGAGAGAGAAGUUGAAACCUUUUAUUGGGGUGAAAGGGACAGCGUCAGUAACUAUAGGCGAUCUAGAUAAGCACUGGAUUACAUCUCAAGUCACUAUAGAGUAACUCAAAGCGUCUCUUUAGACUAACAACACUAAAAACUAAAGAAAGGGAGAGAAUGAUUAAGUAUUAAGUUUCUAGAGAAGUAAGGUUUACAUUCUAGAUAAUAUACCUAUUAAAGGUAAUAAUAUAACAAAAGGGUAGAGGUAGCCGAAAUCCUGUUAGUCAGCAGGUGUGAGGCAUGUGUAGGUGUGGUUGGGCUAGCUAAUUGCCUCACGCUGUAACACCUUGCCCCUUAUUAGUCAUAGACCCCU